CGGAUAGCCACAUGCACAACGGUAGGUAACGAGAUGAGCAUUUGGAGGUUUGUAUGUACAUUAGAUAGUGUGGGGGAAUCUUCCUGCUCUGGACUUUACGUGUAUGUGCUAUGUCAGAUAUCUCAAGUACUGUAGCCUGUAGGGAUUAAGUGCCUAGGUACCUAAUCAUGAUGGCUUGACGGAUGUAAUACUUAUUACUCUUCCUUCCUUUUCAAUUUCGUUUAUCUUGGAAGAGAAUAUACAUAUAUCUGUUUCUACUUCCCACGCACAUAUCUGUUACCAUAUCUGUUUCUAUAGGGCCAGUAUCGCAUACUCAAGGUUCAAAAGCCUAGAGUUUCGACGCACAAUGCUUGAUGUCAUAGCUUAAUGCGACACGGACACGAACCCAACCAUCCUAUCGCUUACCUACUAAGUUUAUAAGUACUAAUUCCGGCUGGGUUUGCGCGUCAUACAUGUGAGAAAAGAGAAAAUCGAUACACGUGCGUUUAGUUACCAUAACUCGACAAUUACCUAAACGCAGCGGAACCCACUUCGACCAUUUCAUCCAGGGUCUGACGGUCUGCUAGAUUGGUCGCCACGAUGGACAGGCUUCAUAAUUCGAGGAUCAGUAGUUGGAUGGACAAGGCCGCUGUAGAUAACGAAGAUGGCCUUACAGUCGCCCAGUUGAUGUUAACAAAUAAUGAUCUCAAACCUGUCGAGCCCGAACGUCGCCAAUGGGGAGCGUGGAACUUCGUUGGCUUCUGGAUUGCUGAUUCUUUCAACAUUAACACGUGGAUGAUUAGCUCGUCCAUGAUCGUGGGUGGACUCUCGUGGUGGCAGUCCUGGCUCUGCGUAUGGAUUGGGUACGCGAUCGCCGGAUGUUUCGUCUGCAUGACCGGUCGCAUCGGAGCCAUGUACCAUGUCGGCUUCCCGGUUGUGAACCGAUCGAGUUUUGGAAUAUGGGGCUGCCUCUGGCCCGUAUUUAAUCGCGCUGCCAUGGCGUGUAUUUGGUACGGCGUGCAGGCGUAUAUAGGUGGACACUGCGUGUAUCUCAUGAUUCGAUCCAUCUGGCUUAGUUGGGACCGGAAAACUAUCCCGAACUCAUUCUCAGAGGACUCGGGGACUACGACCGCCGACUAUGUCUCAUUUUUCCUCUUCUGGCUCCUAUCGCUACCGGCAAUCUGGUUCCCUGUGCAUAAGGUUCGACAUCUUUUCACUGUCAAAGCUUACUUCGUCCCUUGCGCUGGCAUCGCUUUCUUGAUCUGGGCGCUUGUUCGUGCCGGGGGCCCGGGUCCUAUUGUUCGGCAACGAGCAACGGUACAAGGUAGCGACCUCGCAUGGCAAUUUAUUAAGGGUGUUAUGAGUUCGAUUGCCAACUUCGCAACACUCAUAGUAAACGACCCUGACUUCUCUCGUUUCUCUACUAAGCCUCGUGAUGCUCUUUGGUCACAGCUUUUAACCAUUCCUAUUGGUUUCGCCAUCACUUCCUUGAUCGGCAUAUUAGUCUCAUCUAGCUCGGUCAUCAUCUACCCUGGGAGCGAACCGAUCUGGGACCCCCUUGACCUACUAGAGAGAUUUAUCGACGAUGGUAGUUCCGGCCAACGUUUUGGUGUCUUCGUUAUCUCUCUCGCUUUUGCCCUAGCUCAAUUGGGUACAAACAUCGCAGCGAAUUCGGUUUCGGCGGGAACAGAUAUGACGGCACUACUUCCGCGGUUCAUCAACAUUCGCCGUGGUGGCUACAUCUGUGCUAUUGUUGGCUUAGCCAUGUGCCCUUACAACUUGCUCACAUCCAGUAAUCAAUUUACGACCUAUCUUUCGUCCUACUCGGUCUUUCUUAGUUCGAUAGCCGGCGUUAUGUGUAGCGAUUACUACCUAGUCCGAAGAGGCUAUCUUGAAAUUAGGGAGCUUUACAAUGCUCGCAAGACAGGGCCGUACUACUUCACUUAUGGCUUUCAUUGGAGAGCUUAUGCCGCAUAUAUCAGUGGCAUUCUCAUCAACGUGGUUGGAUUCGCCGGGGCGGUGAACGGUGGCAAUGUUCCCAUGGGAGCAACUUACAUCUAUAAUUUCAACUUCUUCUGUGGAUUUAUUAUUUCUGGGGGGAUGUACUGGGCUUUAUGCAAGCUGUUCCCCGUACCAGCCUGCAGCGAUGCAUGGAUGGAAGUGGGUGACCAGAUUGAUGAGGUCAGACUUGCUUACGACCAGAGUAGCAGUCAACAAGAAGAGUUUGAUGAGGAGGCGGACAUUGGCAACAAGUAUGACAAGAAUCAUCAAAAAACUGUAUAAUAGGGUUAUCGGGGAGGGUUACGAAGCGUUAAUUUUUGUAUAUUUAUCGGACAUAAAAGGGUUUGGUACCUCUAGUUAGCAAUAUCACAGCGGUCAUUUACCGCUUCAGGGGAAAUGAAUUAUUUACCCCUCUGGAAAA